UUCUAGCAUAUCUACGUUCGUUAAUGUUGAAAAGAAACAUAAAUAGGAAAAAAAUACUACUUUCAUUAUAUUGGCAGCAUUUCAAGUUGGUAUUUGCCAAGAGCCUGCCAUUUUGUAAGAUAGAAGGGAGAUAAAAAAUAGUUUUAUGGUGUUAAUAUUUUACAAAAACUCCGUUGCCAUUUGUAUUAGGACCCAAAACAAAUGUUUAAAUGGACGCUUCGUCCAUUAUAACUCAGGUGUCACGGGAUGACGAGCAAUUAAACAAUUAUGGAUCCGACAGAGGGUCAUCCCCUGGCGGGCAGCACAAUGAAGGUGACGGGACGCCGGUGGCGGGUACGCCACCGCUGGGUAGCAAGAAGUCGAGCGGCAGUGGCGGCUUCUUGCGCUCACUGCUGUGUUGCUGGCGCGGGGGCCGCGGCAAGGGCCCACCUGGCGGCAAUGGCACCAGCAGCAUCGACGGCCGGGCCUCGCCCCCGCUGUUGGUCAUGUCCGACCAUGCCCCACGCCCUCUGCUCCCGCCCGUCAGACACCAGGACAUGCAUAAAAAGUGCAUGGUGAUUGAUCUUGAUGAAACAUUAGUGCACAGCUCAUUCAAGCCAAUAAACAACGCGGACUUCGUGGUGCCAGUCGAGAUAGACGGCGCGGUGCACCAGGUGUACGUGUUGAAGCGACCACACGUCGACGAAUUCCUGAGACGCUGCGGCGAGUUGUACGAGUGCGUGCUCUUCACUGCAUCGCUCGCUAAGUACGCCGACCCCGUCGCUGAUCUGUUAGACAGAUGGGGUGUCUUCCGCGCGCGGUUGUUCCGCGACAGCUGCGUGUUCCACCGCGGCAACUACGUGAAGGACCUAAACAGCCUCGGCCGCGACCUGCGGCGCGUCGUCAUCGUCGACAACUCGCCCGCCUCAUAUAUAUUCCACCCCGAUAACGCUGUACCUGUGGCGUCAUGGUUCGAUGACAUGACGGACUCGGAGCUGCUGGACCUGAUCCCGUUCUUCGAGAAGCUGUCGAAGGUGGAUAGCGUGUACACGGUGCUACGCAACUCCAACCACCCGUACAACGCGCCCGCCAGCCCGCCCGCCACAUAGCGCGCGCUCCGACACUACUUCGUCUUAAGUGCCAAUUUUGCCUUCUGGAUAGUAAGGACGUUAUUUGUACCUAUUUUACAGUUUAGGUAUUUUUUAGUGCGUAAGUCUAUGAUGGAUUUGUGAUUUUGUUUCCACUCGCGUCUCACGAGCUUGCGGCUACGUUAUCAAACGUAUUUGAAACUUUAUUCUAAAGGAAUAUUGAAUAAUUUUAACUAUCCAUCUAAUCGGAGAUUGCGUCGAGACUUUCGAUUUCAACGUUUUUAUAUCGUGCUUGGGAUCAAAUAUGAAUAAGUAAGGAUAUUUUCAUCGAUUUGUUUACAAUAUAAAAUCAUAUUUCUUUCUUAUCUAAGCCUCUAUGGAAUCUAUCAUUGCAGCAUACAUGAGAUUGUAUAUCAUUUAUUCGCGCGUAUUCAUGAAUUCAACGUUUUAAAGGGAAACCUAUAGACUUGUAACAUAAUCACGAAUUUUGAAAUUCGACUGGUAUUUAAUGUAAGUCGUAUCCAGCACUAGUGAAAUGUGUAAAUAUAUUUUAAUGUAAUUGUGACGGCGGGACGGUUGAAUCACGGUCUGGGAAGCGCGGAUAGGUCGAUCAUUGUGUACAUAAAUAUAAAUAGUUUAAAAUGUAAGUAAAGAUGGACGAUUAAUAGCACUUAAGGUGAAUAAGAUCGCACUGGUGUCCGGCCGAUGUUCCACUCUCUUUAUGUUAGUUAUAUAUAUAUAUAUAUAUAGUCACAGGUAUAUUGCUAGUUCUAGCAACAUACACUGUGUAAGUGAUUGGAUAUAUAAUAUUAAUAAUUUAUAGAUAGAUACUAACGUGAAAGAUAAAUAAGAAGUGCAUGAAAGAGUGUAACAUCAGCCUAUAAAUAAGGUUUGUGCACAUUAGAGACAUUUGUGUAACCAGCGUAAUAUUACCGCUUUAGUGUGUACACACCCUAUCGCGUACCAUUUAGUUCCCCUAAUUAUAUUCUGGUGACAAUAACAAGUCAAUCGCGACAGUGUCAUAUAAUUUGUUUUAAUAUAAUUAAUUUAAAAUUGAAUUCACAUAAGAGUGAAUAUCGAUCGACUUGGCAUCUAAAUGUAUUAUUUGAAUUUCUGCUUUCAGAAAAGUAAAAAUAAGAUUUUCGUCGUCGCAUUGAUAGAAAGACUAUUCAAUAAUAAAUAGAAUUGAUCAAUACACUAAGCUAAUUCCAAUAUUCAAAUCGAUUACCGGCAGAUUUAAGAAAAAAUAGUAACUAAGAAAAACUACUUAAAUAAACUUUAUGGAAGCAGAAUAGUUCACAGUGCACAUAGUAAUUUAUAAUAAUCAUCUCAGUAUUAAACUAGAUUAGUGUUCGAUGCCAUUGUACGGGGAUAUGUUGCGACUCUUAUGAUUAUCGCCAACUAAACGCUACAUCACCAAAUCGUCACAAAAAUAAUCAAAUACAGGUACAUAAAAAGAACGUUAAGCUACUUGUGUUCCGAUAUUUUGGGAAAAUAGGGUUUGGACUUUGGUUAUAUGUGUGUACUAGCUUCGCUUGCGUUAAAUUCGUGAUAACACGGUUCCCCUUUCCUGAUUUAGAACACAGAAGAGGACUCGGAACAGCAUAUUAUGUUAAUACGCUUCUGUAGACAAUAUUAUGUCUUUCCAUUUAGGGAUAGAAUGUAAACAUUCUGGGCAUAGGGCACACGCGAACAUGCGACACACAAUUGUCUCUGGAAGAAGCACGGCUUUUCUAAGUUCACCCUAGCCACUUUAUUUUAGAGUAAAAAAAUUUCGUUGCUAACAGUCUGAGUACCAAUUUUUCGCUUUCUAAAAUUUUGUGAAUUGCGGAAUGCUCUAUUCAAACUUUCAUCCCCAUUUUAGGAAGGGCGGGGGGUAGAAAAAGACAAAAAGUAGCCUACGUCACUCUCCAUCGCUUCAACUAUCUCCUCUUAAAAAUCACAUCAAUUCGUCGCUCCGAAAGACGGACAAACAAACAAACAGACAGACACACACGUACACUUUCCCAUUUAUAAUAUUAUUAGUAAUUAGUGUGGUACUUAUUACUCGUUGUUGGGAGAAAUAAGUAACUAAAUAAAAACAGGGGCCUAUCAUGCUUUUUCCCAAUACAAAACUGUACAUCCCAACCAACCAGGGGCCCUACCGGCUAAGACGAAGCCGAUUCAGAUUGGAGCAAAUCGAACAUCGAUUUGAUUCUGUCGUACCGCGUAAGCGGCCAAGAUGGCGAUCCCCGAUUCGUGACGUCACAAGAUGUUCGGCAAGCCGAUUGAACGACUGAUGGGAUCACAAUGAAACACAAAUAAUUUGACCAAUUAAAUGUCAAGUGACAAAUCAGGGGGGUAAAAAGGCCACAACGAAGCAAUUCAUCUAAAAAUCAAUAUUGCAAUUUGACAUUUGCGCAUACAAAAAAGCACGUGCGUAGAAUUAAUUCUGACGCGAGAUGGUGAUGAGGUGUUAAGUUAGUGACUACCUUAGGGUACACAUCAAAUUAAGCCGCAACAUGUGUAGGGUCCUAAAAAAGAAAAGCUGCACAUCAGGGCAAAAACUAAUAGUUGUAGUUAUAGAAGGAUUGUUAGAGUGGGGAAGACUAUAGUGAAAGUUAGGUUAACUCGAAAAAUAUCAUUUGGAUUUACUCAAAAAUGUAGAAAGAUGCUACGGCAGAGCGAUAUAUUUGAAGAGAAAAUGGAAUACCGUUUCCAUUAUCAAUACAAAUAUUAAAAAAAAACACGUUACCUUCCUUUCCGUCACGUAGUCGGGUAAAAAAUCGUGAGAGUUUAUAGUUGGAGGCUAAACCAAAUCUCGUGAACGUGAAACAACUGGUUAGGACUCUUCAGGGCUUUAAGAUACCGAAAAUAAUAUUUUUUUUGUAAAAAAUGACUCGAGUUCUUGUGACAACUCUCAGUAAAACGUGUUCACGAUCACAAACGAAACAAUUACAAUGCCCCAGUUUAAAAAAAAUAUGCAAAUGUUAAUGUCUAUUUAUGUAAGGUUCUUUUAAUGUCGAGCUUUCUAGUUGACAAACACUGUAUCUUAUGUUUUCGCUGAAAUUACAGCGUGUAUUCACACAAAAUGUUUUAAAAUCACUUAACAUUACUCAUAACAUAAUUAUUUUGAUAAAAAUGAACAUAUUUAAAUAGAAAUAUUACGAAAACCAAUUUUUGGUUUGAAGAGUAAUGACUUUUAGGAGUUUUCGAUAUCUUAUAUGAAAAGUAUAUUACUUAUAUUUUUUAAAAUGCCUUAUUUUAUUUUUUAUGUUAAUAUUGGUAAGGACUUGUGGAAUAAAUAAUAAAACAUAUCGAUUUAAGUGCAAUAUUUGUUACUCAAGUAAAUCGGCGUUCCGUUUCAUAUCUCUUUUAAGUGGCGUCAAAUAAGAAAAAAAUGCAUUCCUUUUGUUUCAACCACAAAGGUAUUUUGCUAAAAUAAUGCAUCCCUCAUUGAACUAAAUUUCGAACGGACAAAAUAGCUCCUAACCUCAUCUCUUUGUGGCUCUACAAAGAGAGUUGUCUGUCAGGGACGCCAUGUUUGUUUUCUAGAAGGCUCGACUUUAAAAUAACCAUAUUAGUACCAGUAUCUCAAUGCCAGUGUUUAGACACCAGGGAACACUCAGUGCCAUUUGGUUAGUCACACUUCAAAAGCAUUUUGGUACGAAUUUGUAUCGUUUGGAAGCGUACGAACACUUGUCCAUAAUGUACUUGGAAGUUUGGGGAUUGUUCGCGCACGUAUGAUGUAAAUUCGUUCGGUAACGCGUCCAAAGUGAGACUGGCCUUUUCCCUCCACCUAUCACCCCCUCUACCUCUCUUUCCUUCGUCCACUUGAACCUACAACCCUUCUUUAUCGCCUUAGUAUAGUCGAUCCCUCACCAAGAAACUUAUGAAGACGCGAAAUUCAAAAUUAUGACGACUUGUGUAAGAUUUGAUUAAUUAGGUAAUAUUACAAAAUGGUGCUUUCAGUAUUAGUUGAUUAAGCAACUCGGAAUUUGACUAUAAGGAAAUUAAGAGCACUCGAAAACGCACAUUCGGCUCUAUCGGAUUUGAUAAUCGGACUAAUGCAGCGCUUGCAAACCUUCGUAUUUUUAUAAAUAAAACUUUUUUAACUCAACUUCACAUUUGGCUCGCGCCAUCUAUUUAUUGUUUAUCCUAAUUGCUUAGCAAAAAGUUUUUAUUGUUUUUUAAUUAAUUAUUUUUUGUAAAACCACAAUCUAUUAUUGUUUUGGUAGUAGGCGUGUAAAUAAGAUUUUUAUUAACUUAAAAUAAUGAAAACUCGAUUUUAAUAUUCGGUUUAUGCGGAACCCUUAUUUUGAUAAUGUACAUGAUAGUUUGUUAUUUAGUGACUAUGCAGGUGUAUGUAUAUACCCUAUACAUAUAUUUUACUAGAUAUACGCUAACGCUAGAUGUAUCCCUGACCGUAUAGUGUAGAUUUUCCGAGUAUAUUUCACCGAUAUCUGUAAUAUACAAACAUUAAUUUGUUCACAUUGCCCCGACGUCGGUUCAUAGCUCUUAUAGUUUGCGAACCCUAUAGACCAGAGUAGACAGCAUUUAUUUGUAAGCAUUAACACGUAGACGUAGAAUGUUAUAGUAAUAUAUACGUUGAUUUCUCUAGUUGUAAGCAUUCUGUUGUGUAAACAAUGUUUUUUUAAACAACUUUUAACGUAGUCUACUAGGCACUCCCUGUGAAAUGUAAUUUAGAUGUUUAUUAUACUUUUAUCGUGAAACUUGACUCCGGAAAUCGUCCAACACAUUAUGAAUAAGAACAUUGUAAUUGUUAAUUUUAUUUAAAAUGUAAAUUGCAUGCAAUAAAAUUCUAUUGAUAUUUUGCUAAUUAAAAAACUUAUUAUGAUAAAUAAAAUUUAUUUUAUGUCUAA